AGUGACGAUGCUCUGGUACCCAGUCCCUGUGCAGAGCUUCACUAACAUGCACAGGACUGAUCGUUCAGAGAGCCUUCAUGAACACAAGGGGAACUCACUGUGUAAAUGUGGCAAAGAGAGGAAAUGCUCCUCUCCCAGUCAGAUAAUGUACAAAUCAGAGGAUGGUUUUGCUGAAGAAGACCCCAAAGUGGAGAGAAGAAGUUCCAAGUAGUUUAUUUUUUUCAGAGCAUCCAUAAAAAGUAGACUGGACCUGAAGAGAAAAAAGAUGUCUUCCUCUCCUGGUAUCAAGCCACGGGAGCAUGUGGACUUGUUGUACAUCUCCAUAGAGACAGCCAUCGCUCUGGCUUCGGUGAUGGGAAACGUUCUGGUGGUGGUGGUGGUGUGUGUGAACCGGGCGCUCCGUGACACCACCUUCUCCUUCAUCGUGUCUCUGGCCGUGGCCGACAUCGCCGUGGGAGUUCUGGUCAUUCCUCUAGCUAUUAUCAUCAGUCUGGGAUUCAGCACUCAAUUCUACACCUGCCUCUUCCUCUCCUGCCUGCUGCUCAUCAUCACUCAGAGCUCCAUCCUGUCCCUGCUGGCUAUAGCCAUCGACAGAUACCUGCGGGUCAAGAUUCCCACCAGGUACAGCAUCAUAGUGACCCAGGGGAGGGCUUAUGUGGCUGUGUGUCUGUGCUGGAUCCUCUCCUUCCUCACUGGACUGGUCCCGAUGAUCGGCUGGAAUAACCGCGACGCCCAGGGAAACUUCAGUAUCUCCAGCGAGAUCAUCUGCGAGUUCACCACGGUCAUGAGGAUGGAUUACAUGGUGUACUUCAACUUCUUCGGCUGGGUGGUGGUGCCGCUGACGAUAAUGAUCGUCCUGUACGGCGAAAUCUUCCGGGUUAUCCGGCGGCAGCUGAACCGCCGAGCUGAGGCCACGUGCGACGCAGACAGGUAUUAUCAGAAGGAGCUGAAGCUGGCCAAAUCACUGGCCUUGGUGGUCUUCCUCUUUGCCGUGUGCUGGCUGCCGAUACACAUCAUGAACUGCAUUAACUUCUUUUGCCCAAAGUGUUACGUUCCCAAGUUCGCCUUGUACACUGGGAUCUUCAUGUCCCACGUGAACUCGGCCCUCAAUCCCAUGGUUUAUGCGUUCAGGAUAAAGCGGUUCCGUGUCACGCUGAUCCAAAUCACUCGCCGUUGCAUGUUAUGUAAAGCAGCAGAGCCCACCCCAUGUCCCAGCAGCACACCGGCCCUGACUGAAAAAGUGGAUGUAAACCUAUAAAAAGAGCUGCAGUACCUGUUUGUUCAUGGCUUCCUGUAGGAA